UUUCCCUGGAUUUGCAAUAUGUCCGGGUUCUAAAGCUAUUUUAGUAGUGCUUGUGAAAUACUGGUUACGAGUUACAUUUAUGUCAAGAUGAUUUUGAAACAUCUCCAUUUAAACAGAUUGUGCGGUUAAUCUAGUUUAUCCACAGUUAUGACCGUUGCCACCAGGAAUUUCCUUUUUAAAGUUGUUUUUGAUGUUUUGCUUCUACCUCUACUUGUUGAGAGUGCAAGCAUUCAAACUACAGAAUAUUCCAUCACUUCCUAUAGCCACAUUUUAGCCAUCACAGUAGUGGUGUCUGUCACGGUGUUCCUUGUUUUGUCUGCCGUUGUUUUGUUUCUCUGCGGGGACUGCUACAACUCGGAGGUGUCUAGCUCUUCCCAUCCUGCGUGUGUGGGGAACAAGUGGGGUGGCGGCGAGGGUUACCAAGUUACAGCGGCACAGGACUUGAACUCGUCGGCGAUGCAGUCCUCCAGUACAUUUGGUGAAGUGGUGAACCCAGCAUCAGAACACCCAGGUCUGCCGUACUCCAUGGUACCAACUCACAUCCAGACAGAGCAGCACUUUGUAGGCUACGAAUCGGCACCCAGUGUAAACAUUUCAGGUUAUACUGGUGGGAACGAGCCUCAAGUCAAUAGGUACGGUGGUGGGGGGCUACAAAGGGGUGGAGGUUCUCAAAGGGGUGGACAGUCGGGGAUGCAUAUUAAUCCAUUGGAAGAUGCCCCAGAGGAACUGCCACCAUCUUAUAAUGAGGCAGUUAGAAGGUGAAGGACAUGAUGUGAAUAAUGGUGUUACCAAUUUUUCGAAGGAAAUCAGGAACAUGUACUUAAAAAGGUGAACAGCCCUCAAAAUUCGUAACAGAAAUUGGCAGUGUCCUUGCAAAAAGCUGUUACAAAAUUGAUCUGAAACAUAAUUUUUAUCAUCAAGGAUUUACUUAAAUUGUAAUUAUUUGUACUAAAUUGCCAUUGCAAGAUGAUCUGCAUUUUGAGAAUUGAGUAAAGGACAUGAUUGAAACAAUUUGAAUAUUGGUAAUCUGAGGAAAUCAUCAAGAUUUACCAAUAACUGGAAGGUGAAGGACAUUGUUAAGACAACUUGAAUAUUAAUAUUCUCAGAUUUUCUAAUAACUAGUAGAUGAAGGAUAUGAUUCAGACAUCUGUUAUAUUGGUAUUCUGAGGAAGUCAUGAAGAUUCACUAAUAAAUGGCAGGUGAAUGAAAUGAUUGAAACAACUUGAAUAUUGGUAAUCUGGGGAAAUUAUGACCAGGUAUAAGAACUGUUAGAUGACAAGGAAUGAUAAACACAUCAAAUUGUAAAAUUCUGCAUUAAUUAACUAAAAUUAACUGCAACAGUUCUAAAUGGAAAGAGUAUUGGUAGCAGUAUACAGUUCGCUCCCUUGUGUACCCUCUCACAAAAGAGUUUGCUUCUUGUUUUUGCAUAGAUCCAUGUUUGAAGGCUAAUUAUUUGUAAUAUGAUGUACAUUCUUAAGCUAGGUGAUAGCUAUGGAGUUAUUUAAAAAAAAAAAACAUUUGGUUUUUCACCAGGAGUGCCAACAGUUUGGCUGUAAUGAGGCUUGGUAUUCAUGCACCGGUUUCACUUGUGACAAAACCAGUUUGGGUAGUUUUCAAGCAAGCUAAUUUUAUGGAAAAAUUGAAUAGCUAAACCAUGAUUGAAAUGAGAAUUUGUGUAAGGUUUGAUGAGUAUAGUUUCUGGAGGUGUCACGAUACACCUGUCUCACGAUACGUAGUACGCAUAACGAUACACCUGUCUCACGAUACGAUACUUAGUACGCAUAACGAUACAUAGCCCAUGUUACGAUACGUAUCGCUAUACCUAAUUUAUGAUGUUUUCCCCAUAAAACUAAAAGUGGAAGCUUAGGUGAAGAUUUAUAAAUGAGAAAUAAAUCUGAAAACAAUUAAAAGUUGAUUAAACAGUUUUAAUGUAGAAGUACCACGUCAUAGACGCAUUGACAUAAACAGGCACAAAUUCUUUUUCCAGUCUUUCUCUUUUUUUGAUGGGAAAUAAUUUGUUAUAAAGUACAAAUUGGUGUUAGUAAAUGAAUAUGGAAUUAAUAUAGAAAUCGAUACAUAAUAAAAAUAGGAAUCAAUACACAUUAAAGGGUAUCAUGUAUUGUCGGCAGUAGUAUCGUAAUGCAUCGAGACACCCCUAAUAGUUUCCAUAAAUGUAUGCGUGAUAUUCACCAACUCCUGCUUGGGUGUGGUCAGAUGGGUGUGAACAUUGUCAAAAACGCACCCACAAUCAUGCAGUUUGGGGACACGUUUUGGAAUGUUACACAACAAAAUGAGACCUCUUUAUAAUUAUGAUUGUAUUAAUAAUUUCCGUCAGACUAAAAAACCUCUAUCUUUCUUUUAUUUUUAAACCAUAGGUGGACAUUUAGAAUGCCAGGGCUGGCAUGCAUAAAUCUCAGCUGAAAAUUCUCAAAUACCUGUUAUUUAUAUUAACAGAAUACACUGAAAAUUGCAAGGUCAUACUUUUUUUUUAUUAAGACUGCUAAUUCAAGUGCAGUGAAACAACGAAACAUUGUUGAUGUGAUUAUAAUCAUUUGUGCCCAAUACUUUUUUUUUUAAAUAUUAAAUUAUUAUUAAAGUGUGUUGUGCAAUAUUAAGCAAAGUUUGAAUGUAACAAUUUGGUACUCUUGGCAAAAUAAUGUUAGCCUCCCUUUAUUAAUUUGUUUCAAAGUGACUUUCACUGCAUACAAACAUGACUGAAAGGUUAUUUUGGUUGUAAGCAGUCCAUUUCAAAUGUACAGAAUUGUGUAUACAUUUUGACAUUGUUGAAGAGCUUCACAGACGGCAGUCAUUUUUAUCCAGCAGCACAAAAGUGCCGUCCACGACGCCACUUGUAUUGCAAUGAUGGCAGUUGUCAUCAUUAAGUUCAAGCCCUGCUGCAGAGGACAAGAUUUAAACAUUUAAGUAACCGGAAAUUAGUUCACAUAAGUUUUACUUGGGUAACCGAUUGUUCAGUUACAUGAAUAUAGUUCUCAUAACCGAUGAGUUAGGCCUACCUGAUCCUAAAGCACUUGAACAAAGGUUCUGUGCUACAUUGGUGGUUCAAAUUUUUUAAAAACAUAAACUGAUUUUCACUUUCAUUACUGAUAUAUGGUACUUUUAAUUUUAGAAUGUAAUUGUUCACCAUGUAACCGAUUGGCGGUUCUCAUGAUUUUAAAGUUGUGCAACUGACACGCGAACAGAACAGUAGUUCUCGUGAAAUAUUGUGCCCUGCUACCUAUAUAUAUUAUUGUAAUCUGUUUGUAUAACCAGCCUUUACCAGUUGUUAAGCCAAGGCUGGUGGCCACUGCUGGGUUUGCAACCCGGUACCGAUCUCCCACACAGCGACUGUUAAUUCCUCAUUGGAGAGGUUUAAGUCCACUAUCUCGACUUCCUCAUUAGCCACUAUUCCCUCUCCUGUAUAGAGUUGAGAUCGCCGAGAUGCGUGUCCAGCAGUGUGCUUGCACCCCAUGUGGAUAAAAGUCCGGAAAUUAACUCUUUAAAUGUAAAAUGUUUUUAAAUUCAUAAAUUACAAUAUACUCUUCAUGUAUAUUUACCGUUUAGCUACAUUAAUCGUAGUAUUACUUUUCAAUCAUAAAUUAAUACAAUGUUUUAUGCCUUUGUAAGAGUACAUUUUCUUCUCUUAAUGAUACUCGCCUCUAUUGUGAUACCCUUCAUAUACUGAAGGUCUUCAUUAAAAACCUCUUUAUUUAUUGUAAGUUGGCAUAUCUCAUAUUUAAUAUUACAAGUUUACCAUAUGGGAUCAGAACAAGAAAAAAAAUGGCAGAAACAUCCUUGAAAAAAAAAAGUUGGGGCUAUAACUGAUUUUUUUAAAAUAAGUUUUAUUUUGUAAUACAAACUAGUCGUUUCAGCCACAUUUUUAAAGAUCUGCAUGUUUUGGAAUUUUUAUUUUAAAGUUGUGAUAAAGUCUUAUACAAUAUUAUAUUUUAAACUGUUACACAUGUAUAUAUGUUUGUGUUCUUUUUUUUUACUUUUACAUUUAAUAAUUGUUUGAUGAUGUAAAAUACACGUUCUAUAAAUUCCUUUAUAAAGAAUUAAAAAAAAGAUCUUU